UCUCCCCAGUCUCUGAGAACAUGACACAACAACUGCUCUCCAGGGCUUUAGUUUCUAUAAACUGGCUAGCAGGAGCCCUCAAAAACCACCAGUCUGCACCAUCCCUAAGGGUAUUGGAUGCAUCAUUUUAUUUCCCUCCGAUCAGAGAUGGACGGAAAGAGUUUGCUGAGCAGCACAUUCCAGGUGCAUUGUAUUUUGAUAUAGAUGAAUGUAAAGACAAGGAGUCUCCUUAUGAAGUGAUGUUGCCCAGUGAGUCCAGCUUUGCAAAAUAUGUAGGCAACCUUGGCAUCAACAACAAUAGCCAUGUUGUGAUUUACGAUGCUGAUCACCUUGGUAUGUACUAUGCACCAAGGGUCUGGUGGAUGUUUAGGGUUUUCGGGCACCAUAAGGUGUCCAUCCUGAAUGGUGGGUUAAGGAAUUGGCUGAAGCAAGGGUUGCCUGUAACAUCAGAGGAGACAAAGGUGAAGCCUGAGACAUUCCAUGCAGUUCUAAACUCCUCUCUUGUGAAAAACUUUGAGGACAUUGAGAAAAACAUAAGCAGCUGUCAGUUCCAACUGGUGGAUUCUCGCUCAGAGGGGAGGUACACAGGAACUGAGCCCGAACCAGGAGAGGGUAAGUCGCUGAAGACGAAGGGUGCUCUGCAUUAG